GAAAUGUCACUUUGACAAGCAAAGCAAACCAACAUGGUUUCGUAGCUUUGUAAUUGCAUAAAAAUAUUAAUUUUUCCAAUAUUAAUUAAGGAGUGAAGUAAAAGUUGACCUUUAACAAAUAAAAUAAAUCAGACAAAAUGGUUUCCAAGAAGAAGAAGAAGUAUUCAUCCGGAGAGGGAGCUCAGUUCAUGACCAGAAAAGCUGCCCUAAAAAAACUACAGUUAUCCCUUAAAGAUUUCAGACGUAUUUGCAUAUUGAAAGGUAUUUACCCACGAGAACCACGCAAUCGCAAGAGGGCGCAGAAAGGCGCAGGAGGUAUCAAAACUUUGUACCACACAAAAGACAUAAAGUUCUUGUUACACGAGCCUAUAAUAUGGAAACUCAGGGAAUUAAAGGUGUAUCAACAAAAGAUCCGUCGUGCAAGGGCAAUGAGGGAAUACAGGCAGAUGAAAAAGUACUUGCGAGACUAUCCAGAUAUAAACAUAGAUCACAUUGUCAAGGAGAGAUAUCCUACAUUUGUAGAUGCACUACGAGACCUGGAUGACUGCCUCACGUUAUGUUUCUUAUUCAGUACUUUCCCCUCUCUAAAGAAAGUACCUAGAGACCAGUCUAUGCUUUGCAGAAGACUUACAGUUGAAUUUAUGCAUGCAGUUAUCGCUGCAAAAGCCCUCCGGAAAGUAUUUGUAUCUGUCAAAGGCUACUAUUACCAAGUUGAACUAGAAGGACAGACUAUCACAUGGAUUGUGCCCCAUCACUUCUCAUUCCAGCCUCAAAGCAAAGACGAAGUUGACUUCAAAAUCAUGUCUACAUUUGUGGAAUUCUACACAAUGAUGUUGGGCUUUGUUAAUUUCAAGCUGUACCACUCACUCAACAUAGUUUAUCCACCUAAACUGACCGCAGCAUUCUCAGCUGAUGACAAAGAGCUUAUAGAUGAACAAGCUUAUGUAGCUGAAAGAAUAGCAGCUAUGAACUUGUCCUUGGCACGAGUAGCUGGUGCCAAUGAUGGUGAAGAGUUGCCAGAAAUGGACAUCUUCAAUGCAGAGGAUGAGGAUCCUAAGAAACUGGAAGAAGCUAAACUUGAAGCAGAGAAAGUCAAGAAACUUAAAACAAUGUUCAAAGGCCUGAAAUUCUUCAUAAACAGAGAGGUGCCCAGAGAACCACUAGUGUUCAUCAUCCGUUGCUUUGGUGGUGAAGUGUCCUGGGAUAAGGAUCACUUUGUUGGUGCAACAUUUGAUGAAACAGAUGAAAGCAUUGCCUACCAAAUAGUUGACAGGCCCACAAUGGAUAAACAGUACUUGUCCCGAUACUAUGUACAACCACAAUGGGUGUUUGACAGCGUCAAUGCCAGGACACUAUUGCCCAUCAACCAAUAUUUAAUGGGUGCUGUGUUGCCACCUCACCUGUCACCAUUUGUUGAUAAAAUUAAAGAUCAAGUUUAUAUUCCACCUGAAGAGAAGGCACUUCUUGAUCCCAACUUUAAACCCCUUGAUGAUGAUCAAUCUGGGUCUGACAUUGAAGAGGCCAGUGACGAGGACAAAGAGGAUGUUGAAGAGGAUUCAGAGGAGGAGGACGGAGAGGCAGCUCUGGCCAAGCAGUACCAGCAGGAGGUGCAAGAGGACUCCGACUCUGGAGAUGACGAAGAUGAUGAUAUUGAGCCAGAGAAGAAGAAAUUAGCUAAAGAAAAGAAAAAGGCAAUGGCUGUGACAGCUGGAGUGCCCCACAAAGAACAUCCAUAUCAGAAAGAGAUUGAAGAUAAACAGGCGUUCAGGUUGAGAGAGAAGCUUGUUCGCAAGAAGCACAGGAACCUUUACAAGAGCAUGAAGGCUGGACAGGAGAAACGCAAGAAGGAAAUUUGGUUGCUCAGGAAAAAGAGGCGCCUUCAUGACGAGAAGGUCAAGGAGGAGAAGAAAGCAGAAAAACGCAAACAGAGAACUGCUGCAUUGGAAGCUUCUGCUUAAAUAAUAAAUAAACAAAUUAACAAAUCA